GUUCAACGGCUCAAAGUGUCGCGGCGCAUCUACACGGUGCUUUACGGCGCAUGGCUCGAAGUUGUGUGUUCACAGCGAGCGGCUGAAAGGGAAAAGCUAGUUCUACAAACGUCGGCGAGCGGACGCCGAGCAUCUCCUCCAGACCGCCGCCCGGAUCGCUCCGUGCAGCACUAAAGCGCAGCUCAGCUCUGUGCGGGGACUCGCUGCUCCCGUCGUUAUCAAGGAGCGUCCAGCUCCUGUCCUAAUUUGGCUGCGAGGACAAAAAACCAGUCGGCUACACGGCCUGACAAGAGUCUAAGAUGCCCUAGACGGGGAGAAGGGAAAUGUAAAUGGCUUCCAAAGUAAAAGAUGCCGUGGUGUGGUACCAGAAAAAGAUUGGCGCCUAUGACCAACAGAUAUGGGAGAAGUCAGUGGAGCAGCGGGAAAUAAAGGGCUUCAGGAACAAGCCAAAGAAGACGGGGCAUGUCAAACCAGACCUUAUAGACGUGGAUUUGGUUAGAGGUUCAGCGUUUGCUAAGGCCAAACCAGAGAGUCCGUGGACGUCCCUCACCCGAAAAGGCAUCGUCAGAGUCGUCUUCUUCCCGUUCUUUUAUCGAUGGUGGAUCCAGGUUACCUCCAGAACCAUUUUCCUAUUACUGCUGGUUCUCUAUCUGCUGCAAGUUGCAGCAGCAGCCCUGUAUGUGAUCAUCCCCCAGCCUCAUGGGAUACCGACCACCGAGGUGUUUGGAGCCGUCUGGCUCAUGUUGCUGCUGGGCACCGUCCACUGUCAGAUCGUCUCCACCAGGACCCCGAAACCGGCCUCCAGCAGCGGGGCGAAGAGACGCAGGAAGUUGAGGAAGGCAUCUCAGAUGGAGGUGCAUAGGGAAGGCGACGGGUCUAGCACUACCGAUAACACACAGGAGGGGGCGCCACACUCCCACUCAGCCAGCAGCACAUACAGCCUGGGCACUCUCUUCCAAGAUUUCUGGCAUGAUAUCUGUAAAGCUGGAUCUAAGAAGUCCAAACUGUCCAUCGACAAGUCGACCGAGACGGACAACGGCUACGUCUCGCUGGACGGCCGGGUGACGAAUCGCAGCAGCGAGGAGGGGCUUCAGCUCCACGAGCCGCGAUGUGAUUUGCUGAACCGGGCUGAUGAGGUGUGCUGGAACUCUCUCAUCCAGCCCGCACACAUUCACCCCCCCCUCGGCACGGGACUGAUGCUGGCGAGCGGCACCAAGGAGCCAGCAUCGGAUGAGGCGUCCAGUGAGGAGGACCCUGAAGCAUCCUACAGCGCCCUCCGCAGGGGAGUUGAAAGAAUGAACAGUGACUCUACGCUCCGAAACCGCAAGAAUACACACCACUACAAGAAACACUUCGCUGUGGAGGAAGUUCCCAAGUCUGGCACCAGCUGCAGCUCCAGAUGUUCCAGUCUGAGGACUCAGGACUCAGAGAGCACUCGACACGAGUCUGAGACGGAGGACCUGAUGUGGGAAGACUUCCUGCACUGUGCCGAGUGCAGAUCAUCCUGCACAUCAGAGACAGAGGGCGAAGGAGGUGGGACGCCUGUCUGCCCCCCUGCUAAAAAGGAAUAUCGAGACGACCCUUUCCAUCAGGGUCAAGCUCCCUGGCUGCACAGCUCCAAUCCCGGUUUGGAGAGAGUGAGCGCCAUAGUGUGGGAGGGCAACGAGUGUAAGAAGGCCGACAUGUCCGUUCUGGAGAUCAGCGGGAUGAUCAUGAAACGAGUGAAUCUCUACAACCCUGGUAUUGGUUACCAGGUCUUUGGGAACCUGGUUUCAGUGACGCUCGGCCUCACACCUUUUGUGUACAGGCUGGCUCAGUACAGUGACUUUGAUCAGCUGACCACGCUCUCAGCCAAUGAGCUGCUGUCUGUGGCGCUGGGAGGCGGGACUGGAUCAGACGCCUUGGUCAUCACCAUGGUAACGCUCAGCUUCCUGGUACGCGUUUGCCUUAUAUGGCUCUUCUUCUUCUUGCUCAGUGUUGCGGAGAGGACCUACAAACAGAGGCUACUGUUUGCCAAGCUGUUUGGUCACCUGACUUCAGCCCGCAGAGCCAGGAAGUCUGAAGUCCCCCAUUUUAGACUGAAGAAAGUUCAGAACAUCAAGAUGUGGCUGUCGCUACGCUCCUACCUCAAGAGACGGGGUCCUCAGCGCUCGGUGGAUGUGAUUGUGUCGUCUGCCUUCCUGCUCACGCUGUCCGUCGUCUUCAUCUGCUGUGCCCAGUUGCUGCACAUCCACGACACGUUCCUGGAGUGUCACUACAACUGGGAGCUGGUGAUCUGGUGCUCUAGUCUGUCUCUGUUCCUGCUCAGGUUCGUCACUCUGGGCUCUGAGACCAGCAAGAAGUACAGCAACACCUCCAUUCUGCUCACUGAACAGAUCAACCUGUACCUGAAGAUGGAGAAGAAGCCAAAUAAGAAAGAGGAGCUGACACUGGUGAACAACGUCUUAAAACUGGCUACCAAACUACUCAAGGAGUUGGAUGCUCCUUUCAGGUUGUACGGUUUGACCAUGAACCCUCUGCUCUACAACAUCACCCAGGUGGUCAUCCUGUCCGCCGUGUCAGGAGUCAUAUCUGACCUACUAGGAUUUAACCUGAAGCUGUGGAAGAUUAAAUCGUGACAGUGAACGGAGAACGGGCGUCAGCCUUCACUCUCACGGACUGACUCACUGAACGCUCGUCUGACUGAGAGACGGAACGUCCCGACACAUUGGAGUGUUUUCACCUUCAGUUCCCACUUUGUGCAAUUCAAAAACUAUUUAUUUACCCACUCAGUGUUUUCUACUUAGGGUUUAUUUGAAUUGUAGUUAAAGUAUGGCACAAAACAAUGCUAUAUUUGACCUGUCUACAAAAAGUGUUAGUAUUAUUAUAAUUAAGCAUAAAUUAUGUUUAAUGUGAUGUUUGAACAGUUUUCAUUUCAGCUCAUUCGCAUAUUUUAAAAGGCAAAGUAUCGAGCUGCCGAUGGGACGACUAUCAUUUUAUUGUACGUUUUUGUUUUAUUUGCUUCAACUUAAAGUUAUUAUUUAUGUUGAGUUCAUUUUAAAACAGAAUUUCAAACUGUUACCACCUUAAAACCUGUUUUUAAGAAUCCACAUGUUACUCCAAUGGGUUUCUUUCUGACAAAAAAGAAAUUGGAUGGAAGAUGAGUCUCUAGUUGACUUAAUGGUCAAUUUGAAUAAGUAAUACAAAUUAUCUUCACAGAUGCACGCAGAGCAUAUCCUCAAAAAAACAAUCACAAGGAUACUUUAUUAUCUUAAACUUGGCUGCUUUGUUGAAAGCAACGGUCCACGCACAUUAAAGAUACAUUUGCUGUGAUUGAUGGCAUUUCACAAAUAACCUCUAUUCCCUAUUUUUGGCAGCUCCCAAAAACACUGUUAAUAGAUGUUAACCGUUCUGUAUUAAAGGUUUUGAAUUACCUGAGAACAUUGGUUCUUACUGGGGAGAGGUGAAGUGUCACAUGACCUCAGCAAUGCAAAGAAACAAUCAUCCAGUUCAUGGAAAUAACAAACAAUAGGUGACAUUAACAGACGCCUCUAUUUACAUUUAAAAAGAGGCCUUUCAUACUAAUAUUUUAGUGAGUGCGAUUUCACGACCCGUAUCAAUGGAUUUGAUAGUAUUUCUGGUAAUACAUGUCCUCAGUUAAAAUAACUUCUGUAAGCGGAGCGUGACAACUUCACUUUUAAGGGCAUAUUAGGACAUUAGCCUAUUCCUCUCAAGCUUCCUAGUUCACAUAAGAUCACUUCUGGUUAGCUCUGAGUCACAUGUGGUGUUUUUGUGAUGAUCCCGAUUUAUUGUUUCUGUGUAAAAGAAAACACUGAUUUAUCUUUUCAAACUGACUCUGUGGUUGAGGUCCAAUAGUCUGUUUGCUGAGGUGAAUGACCCAGUGGCAGCCUUGAGAGAAUCCAACCUUAAUGAAAGGAAAGGAGAUGAUGUCGCCCCCUAAGUCCUUAAGGCGGAGCAAUAACCAGUGCAGUCGUAUUCUCUUCGCACCUCGUGACGUUUUCCAUCGAGAUCAAGGAGAUUUAUUUAUUGUCCACCAUCUUCUGCGAGCGUCAGAAAGCUGAGCAUUAAAGUUCUGCUCUAUAUAGGGAUUUGGUUUAUCAUCUGAAUAUUAGUUGUUGGUCUACAGUUGAUGAUGCAAAAUGACAAAGACUCCUAAGUGUCUGAAACAGUGAACAAGGAGUGAUUUUGGACACAGACUAUUCUAUUCUAAAAUAAGUAAUUAUAUAGUAGUACAACACGGUAUUAAAUAAAGAAAAACAUUUAAUAUUGAUCAAAAAGGAGCAUUUCUUUGUUUUUGUAUCGUUGCAGUUGAAGGCCAUCAAAUGUAGUUUUAUCACUCCUUGAACCCAGAGGUCAAUAAAAUGUAUGAAAGCCGUUGAGCUCUUUUCUUUAACCGAGAUUGGACGGUUCCAUCUCAAAUACCGGUUCUUAAAUUCAAGUGGACGGGACGUAGAACUUGAUCUCACGCAGCCAAUUAGACGGGCGAGUGGUGCGCAAAGAGCGUCGGCCUCUUCUCUGCCACAGGUUUCUGAACACUGCAGUCAAUUAACGCAAGUCUGAAGCACUUUAAAAACCUGGAAGAAUAUAAAUGACAUCUUGUUUCAUUGUCAGGAGUUUUGUUGUUGUUGUACCUCACCGGCUUGACGUGUGUGUGUGUGUGUGUGUGUGUGUGUGUGUGUGUGUGUUGAAUUUAUGAAUACGUUAUUGACAAUUCACGUCACUCUCUGAAGUAAAUUCCUCAUAGUACAUGAAGUCAUCAAAACCCACAGAAAAUAUCUUAAAUGUGUUGGCAGUUUGCUGAAAACAAUUCAUUCAUAAAAAUGCAUAAUCCUCGUCAUUGUGUUUGAGGGAGAAGACCAAAGUGCUUGUUUUACUUUUUUGUUUUUGUUUCUCUGCUGGAAGAAAAAAAAAGAAGAAUGUAUUUGCAGCAUUAUGCUUUAAAAAUAUAUUUGUUUCCCUUUGGAAAUACCUUUUAAGUUGUAUUAUUGUUUUCUAUUCGGCAUAGUGCUUUUUGUUCCGUCACCAUUCAUUUGUGAAGGUUGUUUCUCUCGAGGCACGAUUUACUGUUUACGGAACAAACGCGUAUGAACAUGAAUCUAGUUAAAGGACUCUGAUUUUCAGAGUCUAACUAUUUAGAUUUUUUUUUGUGAACUGGUCUGUCCACAUGGUCUACAUUUUUUUUAAAUAAAAGCUCAAAUAAAUGG